CACUUUCAAAUGACAGACAAAAUCCAAUCUUGUACAUUGUAAAAAAUUGAACAACAAUUGAAACAGAAAAUUUUCUCAAUCAGUGUAAAUCAAUUUCUCCAUGUUAAUUGUUCCCAAUCAUUUUUAAUUCAGUUCUCUAAUUGUUAAUGUGUAAAGUAAAAUAAAAAAUCAAUUUAACCUCAAGGGUCAAUCUAAACACUAACCUGUCUUGACUUCCGUUACUUUCAUGGUUCCUUGACCGUUUGAUAACUUGUCACAUCACUAAUCAUCAUUAUCGUUUACAAUCAAAUUGUUGUUAUUGAUCAUUUGUCAGAGUAAUUUAAAUCAUCAGGAAAAGAUCAUCAUUAUGUUAAUUUUAUUUUUGAGCUUUUCCUUGAUUCUUAUAACCUUUUCAUCAGUUGGUUUGUGUUCAUCAUCAGCUGAUGAUGUUUCCUCAUCAUCGACAGUUCCUUUAUCAUCUAGAUCAUCAUCUUUGUCAUCUAAACGAUUUCUUCAAUCAUCUAAACCAACAACCACAACAAUUAACUCUCAUCCACCAGGAAAUUAUGGUUCACCACCUUCUAGAACAGCAAACCCACCCUGGCAUCUUCGAAGAGGAUCGAGUUCUAAUUCAUAUACAACUCGAAUUACCAAUGAACCAUAUUCACAUUUAAAGAAAGAUUAUCUUCGUUAUUAUGUAGCAGAAUAUUCUGAUCCAAGAUCAAUUCGACCCUUGACCUGUCGAUCAAAUGAAGGUACAAUCGGUGUCUGUAUGUUUUCCUUGGCCUGUCGUCAUGCUAAUGGCCGACCGAUUGGACUUUGUAAGGACACAAUUUAUUCGGGAAGUUGUUGUCAACUUCCCGAAUCUGUUGGAACCUCUGAUCCACAUGGUGUUCCAGUGAUUCCGGAGGUUGAAAAUUUCCUCGAGGUUUCAAUUUCAGGUGAAAAAGGUUCAACUUCACCUAAGGUUCCAACAUCGUCCACUUCACAGUCUCCACCAUCAUCACCAUCACCAUCGCCAUUAUCAUCAUCUUCACCUUUACCCCUUUCAUCACCAAUCCCUACGGUCACACAAGCAACCACCUCAUCAACCACAACAUCAACCACGACCACAACCACAACAACCACAACAACAACAACUCCCGUUCCAACUACAAUAUUGGUCAACAAUCAACCGUCAACAAUUGUUUCCUCGAUACCACCUUCGCCCUCACCCUCACCCUCACCUUCAUCUCCACCACCUCCACCUCCACCAUCCCAAUCCCCAUCAACCCAACAAUCAGCACCCACAGAGUCAAAUAUUGUUACAUCCUCACCGUUGGUAACCACAAUUGUUACAACAGUUUCCUCUUCAUCUCCUUUAAUUACCACCUCAGAAUCACCACCAACCCAAACAAGUUCAGAAUCUGAUGGUGGAGAGCCAACUAGAAACGAUCCAAUUUAUUUGAUUGAAAAUGGACCAGCCUCAUUUGGAACCUCACCACCGCCUUCAAUUAUCCCUUACUCGGCCUUACCUGAAUCCACCAGUGCCAAAGUUGAUCCACUUGAUGGUAACAACAAUUAUCCAAUUACCCCUCGUCCUCGACCUUCAUCACAAUCAAUCAUCAGUCAAACUGCCAAUCCAUCAAUUGAAAUAGUUCAUUCAGUUGACUCUAUUGUUAGUGUAAAUAACGGAUUACCCAUCAAUUUGAAUACUACCCUGUACACUGUUGGUUCAUCGUCUUUAUCUUCAUCACCUUCAACCUACUCUUCAACUUCAUCAAUCAAUCUUAGUGAAUCAACCGUUAGCCAAUCAACAACACAAUCAAUUUCCAGUCCUCCCGUUUUAUCAUCAAAACCAUCAACCAGUUCAACGAUAUUGGAAGGUCAUGUUACUAGUACCGUUAUUAAAUCUUCAUCUUCAUCUUUACCACCAUCGUCCUCCUCAAUUCCACCUUCAACUUCAGUCUCUCCUUCAACUACUCCUUCAACAACCACCACCACAACAACAACCACAACCACGACAACUCCAUCGCCACCACCGUCGAGCACAACGUCCAAAAUUUACACACUCAAUAGAUUUACCUCUCCAUCAACUGUUGCCCCAAAAAACAACACUAAUCUUCCGGGAAUUAAAUCGAUUUGUGGCCGUAAAAUGAACGGACCAGGACCAACUGCUCGAAUCGUUGGCGGAUCUCAAUCGUCUUUCUCUGAAUGGCCUUGGAUGGUUUCAACCCGCCAGUGGAAGAAAAAUGCUUUUCUCCACAAAUGUGGUGCUGCUCUUCUCAAUGAAUAUUGGGCCAUAACUGCCGCUCAUUGCGUGGAAAAUGUCGCCCCAACUGAUCUUCUUCUUCGUCUUGGUGAAUAUGACAUCUCCCACGAAGACGAACCAUUCAACCACACUGAACGAAGAGUCCAAAUAAUUGCACCUCAUCCCAAAUUUGAUCCACGAACCUUUGAAUAUGAUUUGGCACUUCUCCGUUUCUACGAACCGGUCACUUUCCGUAAGAAUAUACUUCCCGUUUGCAUUCCCGAUGGUAGUAAAAGUUAUGUGGGUCGGAAAGCGACGGUAACCGGGUGGGGUCGAUUGUACGAAGAAGGACCUUUACCCAAUACACUUCAACAUGUGGACGUUCCCGUUAUAACAAACCAAGAAUGUGAGACGAUGUACCGACGAGCAGGUUAUCUUGAAGAGAUUCCAAACAUUUUCAUCUGCGCUGGAAUGUCCUCGGGCGGAAAAGACUCAUGUGAAGGAGAUUCCGGUGGACCUUUGGUCAUAGAGGAAAACGGCCAAUGGAACUUGAUUGGAAUCAUCUCAUGGGGAAUCGGGUGCGCUCUUCCUAAUCAACCAGGAGUCUACACAAGGAUAACUGAAUUUUCCCGUUGGAUCCAUCAAAUUAUCGCUUAUUAACUCUCUCUCUCUCUCAAUUAAUUUAUUAUUUUCUAAUUAUUCUCAAUUGUUUUUGGUCAACGACAAAUACCCGCCGACAAUCAAUAUGAUUACUCUUAACACACAACUUAAACAUCGUGAUAUAAAUUAUUGUAAAUUGUUAACGAAAUUGUUAUAACAGUAGAUCUUAAAAGUAACUUUUUUUUUAAAUUAAUAGUUAAUCAACUAUACAUUUUUAUGAAAAGAAAUUAAAAUAUAUUGUUAAUAUCAUUUUAA